GGGCUGGGUUCCCUGGGCCCUGCACAGGGACAGGAAGAGUGCCAGAGAAGGAGGCCUUCGGCCCUAUUCCUCCGACAUGAGAAGGCAAGCCAUAGGAGGGUAGCAGGGCUGGGGCAGGAAGAGGCCUGGCUUUGUUCCUCCAUUUUCUCUGUGGGGCCAUUGCUGUGGUCUCUGGGGAAGCCAGGUACUUGGGUUGAAGAGAUCUGGGGCUUGGGCAGGGGAUAGGACAGGAUGUAGAGAGACCCCAGACCAGGAAGAAGGUGUGGGCUGGUGGGGUUCCUGCAAGCCAGUGGGCUUGGCAUGGCCAGGGUGCAGUGCAGCCUGAGGAUGCCAGUCUCCACCUAGAUGGGUGGUCACGGUCACCCCGGGGAGGGCUGGUGGAUCCUGGGCACUGGGUGAGGGGUGGCAGGUGGGAGCCCUGAGAUCAUCAGAGGAUCCAGUUGGCAGAGUCCCUGUGCCAUUGGUUAGGGACAGUAGGGUAGCUUGGGUGGCCCGAUACAUUUGGGGCAACCUGGAUUGCAGCAUUUUGUGGCCAGAGGGCUGGAGGCUGUGGGGGCUGAGCAGAAGCAGUUGGAGACAGUGUCAGGUGUUCCACCUGGCCCUUAGACAGUGGGGUUCACUGAAGGUGCUGCCCCGGAGAGCCUGGCAGGGCAGGCAGUCAUUGGGUCACCCGAUCGUUGGAGCUGUGGCCCAGGGACAGCGCAGGGAGCCGUGGGGAGGCCCCCGAUGGUCCAUCCUCUAGGGACAGCUGGAGGCUGGGUGACCCGGCCCGUCCUUCCACGGCCCGAUGGCAGCUUCCCAGCUGGCGGUGCUGGAGGAGGCAGAGGCGGGGUCUGGGCUGCUGCCACUGACCGAGGCCAGCCCUGCCUUCUUGUACUCCGAGGGCCAGCGGCUGGCGAUCGAGGCACUGCUGAGCGAGGGUGCCGAAGCCUUCCAGGCUCACCUGCGUCAGGAGGGGCUGCGACCCUUUCUGAGCGGAGAGGAAGUGCGAGCCUUGGCCGAGGCUGCUGAGGACUGGACAGAAGCCGGGCCGGAGCUCAGCGGGGCCGCAGAAGGAGGGGCUGUGGGCAGCCUGACCUACUGGCCUGGGCAGUCGGAGGAGCCGGCGCCUGUGCUGCGGCUGGGCUGGCCAGAGGAUGGCGCCUGGAAGGGCAUCACUCGGGCACAGCUGUAUACCCAGCCCCCCAGUGAGGGCCACCCACCCCUCAAGGAGCUGGUGCGCCGAGAAAUCCAGGCUGCCCACAAGGCCAGGGGCCCUGUGCUCCCCCAGAGAGGAUGCAGACACCUCCCACAGCCUCAGAGGGCCUGGGCUCUCAGUAAGCAGUGUCACCUCCUGUGCCAAGUCUUUCCCGUGGUCCUCCAAGAGCCCUGUGAGCUGGUUGCUGUGGCCAUGGACGUCUUCACUGACCCAGACCUGCUUUCGGACCUAGUGGAUGCGGCCACACGCCGCUGGGUGCCCGUGUACCUGCUCCUGGACCGUCGGCGGCUGUCGGCUUUCCUGACAUUGGCUGGGCAGCUGCGAGUGAACCCCUGGGCCACAGAGAACCUGGACAUCCGAGUUGUGCGGGGCUGCACUUUCCAGAGUCGCUGGCGACGGCAGGUGAGCGGCGACAUGCAGGAGAAGUUUGUGCUGCUGGACGGCGACAGGGUCAUCUCAGGGUCUUACAGCUUCACAUGGAGCGACGCUCGCCUGCACCGAGGCCUGCUGACCCUGCUGACUGGGGAGAUCGCCGAUGCAUUCAGCCGCGAGUUCCGCACGCUGUACGCGGCCUCCUGGCCUCUCCCGCCCGCGCCCACCACGGGGCCCUUGCUCAGCGUCCCUGCCUCUGGGGACCUGUUGCCCGCCCGGAGCCCACACCGUGUGGUCCACCGCUGCCCAGUCGCACCGGUGUCACCGCUGCCGCCCAACGGCCCCCUGGCCCACCGUCUGGCUGCCUGCCGCCUGCAGGAGGGGGACCCCAGGGAGGCUCCGGGGCCACCCGGCCUGGCACUCAGCGACAUCCUCCGCAGCGUGCAGGGCACCCGGACAGCCAGUGGCCCCCCGGCCCGGCCCAGCCGCUCCCUGUGGGACCUGAGCCGCCUGUCCCAGCUGUCUGGCUCCAGCGAUGGGGAUGGCGAGCUCAAGGCCUGGGGCUCCAAGGACACCCCAGCCAAGGCCCUGAUGAGACAGCGGGGUGCUGGAGAUGCCCGGCCUCUCGCCUGGUGCCAGCCCCGGGGCAGCCCCCUGCCCCCAAUCCCUGCCCGCCGCCUCCGCUACCUGUCCCCCACCCGCAGGAGGAUCGGUGACAGCGGUCCAUCCCAGUUGGUGGAGCUCAGAGGCAUCCAGCAGCCAGACUGGGCCCCUCGCUUGGGAAGAGGGGGGCGACCCUGACAGAGCCCCAGCCCUCACACUGGGCUGAGGGAGUGAUUUUGUGCCGUGGUCCAGGAACUGGGUGAGCCUGGGGCCUGCUCUAGGCUCAGGGUCACAGUCUGGGAAACAGAAAAAGUCCCCAGGGCCACAGCACAGUGCAUGAGGCCUCAGCCAGGCCAGGACUUCUUGGAGGAGGUGGCUGAGCACCCCAUGGUGAAUAUGGGGUGAGGAGGAGGACCCCUGGGGACCAAAGUGGAAGAAGAUACUGCUCCCACCAUGCUCGGGCGCUGUGGGUAAACUGAGUCCUGGAACGGAAGAGCCCGAGGAUGGGGUGCCUACAUUUCCGAAGAGAGCAGAGCUGAGUAACGAGGGACCAGAGAGUCUCAUGAUUAGGGUGCAGGCGGGUAGGAUGGGGUGAUGAGGGGCAAAAGGGAGCAUCGGUUGGGAGGGAGGCCUCCCUUUCUUCAGAGAAUAAACUGCCUCCUGACACA